AUGAGUCUGCUCGCACACUGGAGAAGAUUUUUUGUUUCAGGAACUAGAACAAAAAUUGAUUUAAAUGACAUGGAAAAAGGUGAGGCUUAAUUUACAAAGGAGGUGAACAAAAUGAAAAAUACAAUUUCUUGGCGUGACCAAAUGACGUGACACAUCGUUUGUGACACGAAUGAUUUGCAGGAGUGGACAAAACGCUGGGCGGGUUUUAAAAUUAUUUUGAACAAUUACCGUUUGAUACUUACUAGUCAUAGUCAUUGGCCAAUACUGGGAAAUGGCUGUUACUUGACUCUGUGACAUUGCAUAGUUAAGUACCUAUCAAUUUUAAGCUUGAGGGGGAGAGGAGACCCUAGGUAUUUGUCUUUGUAGUUCAACUUCUGGUCAACUUCCCUCGGGCCUGAAAAAUAGGUGAAAUCCGAUCAUAUUUCCUCACUGUGACAUAAAAAAGCUAUGGAAGAAGCUGCCUCAAUAAGCGUAGUCUUUCACUGAUGUAAAAAUUGAGUUUCUUAAAUAUUGUGACUUUAAACUUUCUUGAGUGAUUUCAUUAGAUUUUAUGUUGGAGACUAUGACUUGGGUGAAUUUUUUCAGGAAAAGAUUGUUCUCCUUGUAGCAUGCUGAUGACCCUUCCCUAUAAACCAACUUUACUCAUGCAAAUGAUUUGAACAUUUUUUUGACAAGAGAUUAGACUUUCAGGAAAUCCAAGAAGUGAAAUGAUAACAACAAAAACCUUUUCAAGAUCAACUUGAGAGCCACAGUAGAAUCCCUAUUUCUUUAAAGAGCCUCCUGUUUUCUUGAAACUGCCAACACACACACACCUAUGCAAAACAAAACAAAGUUAACAUCUUCUUGAUGAGCAGUUCCAACUCAGAUCCCACAUUCUUUGUGCUGACUUUUUCUAUCAGGAAAGGAAGCUUGGAACUACCAGGCCUCUCUCUUUUUUUAUUUAAAAAUUUUUAGUUGGGUCAGUUUUAAUUCCCAUGUUUCUGUGCAGUCUUUCUAUCAUAUUGGCAAGUUUUCAUCAGUCUUUUUUCCUUUAACCCUUUAACUCCCAGGAUCUUAUUAGUAAUUCUUCUCACGGUCUGUCUCACAGUUCUUGUGAUGUUAGUUUGGAGAAUUUGGUACUGGAUCAGCCUAUGAUCCCCUGAUUGAUAUUUAUUCUUUAUUCUUAUUACUUGUCUGCAUAUAUUGUAUUGAUAUUGUAAGGAGAAAUUCUGUCUUGGUCACUUGUCUCCUACUUUACUUUACAUGUAGUGUCGGAGACAAAUUCUCCUGAUUGUCAGUGGACCGGACUCUGCUUCAAGAGGUGUGGGUUCAAGACCUGGCGGAUCAAUGUGUUGUGUUCUUGAACUAGACAGUUUACUCUCUUGGUGCCUCUCUCUACCCAGGAGUUGAAAUCGGGAACUGGCAAAUUGUCAGGGAAGCCUGAUGAAAUGCCAGGGGGAGGGGGAGGAGGGGUAACCUUGUGAUGAACUAACAUCCCAUUCAGUAGGGAGUGGUAAUACUCCUUGAUACUUUACGCUACAUGAAACAAGUACAAACUCUGGCUGUGUGGGCCAAUAGGCUCAAAUACUGACUUUAUCUUACUUACAUGUAUGUGUAGAAGGUGUACAAUUAUUUUAGUUAAGAUGGAGGAAAGCACUUGUGUGAAAGUUUAAUUGCAUUGGUGGUUUGUUUUCAGCAGGUUUGUUUGUAUUACGAUGUUUUGGAGACAUGUCUGAUCAAUCAUACUGGAACAACUUUUAUGCCAGCCGUCAAGGUAACAAACACUUUGAUUGGUUUGUGCGUUUUGAAGAUUCCGUUGAAGUUCUUAAGCCUUACCUACCCCUUGUCAGUCACAGUUUUGUCACAAGAAUCUUGGAGAUUGGUUGCGGAACCUCAGAUUUCAGCUUGAAGCUCUUUGAACACUUAAAUCGUGACUGUCGCAUUGAUUGCAUCGACUUUUCACAUGAAGCGAUAAAAACUUUAAGAAAAAUUGUUGAAGAACGUGGCUUAGUUGCAAAGGAGAUUGUCGAGACAGAGGGAAAACUGGAAUCUAGUCUUGAUUUGACUGGCCUGGCAUGCCAUCAAGCUGAUGCAAAAAAUAUGCCUUUCGCGGAUGAAACAUUUUCUUUGGCUCUAGAUAAGGGUACUUCCGAUGCAGUUCUAAAAGGACCUAAAGGAGAGGGCGCAUUUGCAGAAGUGUUACGUGAGUGUUUGCGUGUCUUGAAACCCUGUGGAAAGCUGAUUCAGUUCUCGGAUGAACCACCGGAACUGCGUUUGGACGCAUUGGAAAAAUUAAAAAAUGACUUAGCUCAAUCGCACUCUACAGCGCUUAACUCUUUGACGUUACGUUUGUCCUGGCGAGAACUGGACACACGUUCAAGCUUUCAGCAUUAUUUGUAUGUCGUCCACAAAAAGGGUGUUGGCAUGGAUAAAAUUUAA